AUGGAGUCUUUAUCAAGCGGCUGCAUCUCUGAGGUGCAGGCGAUAGCGAUCAUGAAGUCGCACGAGUCGCAUCCUUCGUUUGGCCGCCUCGUCAUGCUCGUCUUUGAGGCCGUCAUGGAGGUCGUGUGCGUCAGUUUGCCAGGCUACAUCAUCGCGCGCCUGGGCCACUUCGAUGCCGAUAAGCAAAAGUUCCUUGCCAACCUCAACGUGAUGCUGUUCACGCCGUGUCUGAUUUUUACAAAACUUGCGUCUCAGCUUGACGGCGACAAGUUCAUCGAGCUCGGCAUCAUUCCGAUCAUCUUCGUCGUCAUGACCGCCGUGUCGUACAUUGUGUCCAAAGUCGUGACGAGGCUCUUUGGCUUCAACAGACGGGCCGCCAACUUUGUGACUGCCAUGGGUGUCUUUGGCAACUCCAACUCGCUUCCCAUCUCCCUCGUCCUCUCCCUCUCCCAGACACUGAAAGGCCUGCACUGGGACAGAGUGCCCCGCGACAAUGACGACGAAGUCGCAGCACGCGGCAUUCUAUACCUGAUGAUCUUCCAGCAGCUGGGCCAGGUGCUCCGUUGGAGCUGGGGCUACCACGUCCUGCUAGCGCCCAAGUCGAAGUACGAAGAGUACAACCAAGUCGCCGCGGAGGAAGGCCGGUAUCGCGACGACCCCGAAGGCGACGAGACUGCUCAGGGUGGUAGUCAUCCCAUCAUCGUGGGCGUGACUACCCAGUCCGAUGAGGGUAACGACGAGAAUGACGAUGACGAUGACGACGACGAUGACGAUCUUUUGGCUCACAGCCCCGUCACGGAGUAUUCGGACGUCUUUGUUCCGUCGGGACGAACGCCCGUGGCGCCGCGGUCGCGUGGCUCGCCGUAUGCAUCGGACGCUGAAGACGACAACGGCGGCGGCAGCCAAGGCAAGCGCACGCCAAAGAAGCGCAGCUCGAAGCAGCACAUUCGCACCGUGAGCAGCAGCGACUUUUCCGGCCUAACUGCUGCGAACGGCGGCGUUCCUGGACUGGACAGCCAUAUUCUGUCGUUCCCACGCAUUCGCAACAUCAACGAGCCUGAAAUUCCCGAGGGCCUCGAGGGCGUCAGGGUGCGCUUCGACAUCUACCACCACCGCGCUGCCAACUGGCUGGCGGCGAGUGGCAGCCGCAUGUAUGCGUCGCUGCCCACCCCUCUGCAAAAGGUCGUGGUCGUGGUUCAACAUGUCGCUUCGCGGGUGUCGGGUUUCCUGUGGGAUUUCAUGAACCCGCCGCUGUGGGCCAUGCUGAUUUCUGUGAUUGUUGCUUCGUUCCCCGAACUCAAGCGUCUGUUUUUCGAGGAGGGCACGUUUAUCAACAACAGCGUCACGAGCGCAGUCACCUCGACGGCAGGUGUCGCUGUACCCCUCAUUUUGGUGGUGCUUGGCGCCAACCUCGCACGCAACACACAAACCCAAGCGUCGCACGACCCGGAGGAGGCCCAGAUUGGCAAGCGUCUCCUCAUUGCAUCGCUCGUCUGCCGCAUGGUGCUGCCCACGUUGAUCAUGGCUCCCAUUUUGGCCCUGUUUGCCAAAUACGUGCCGGUGUCCAUCCUCGACGACCCCAUAUUUGUCAUUGUCUGCUUCCUGCUGACGGGCGCCCCCAGUGCCCUGCAGCUGGCGCAGAUCUGCCAGAUCAACGCCGUCUUUGAGCGGACCAUGUCCCAGAUCCUCUUCCAGAGCUACGUGAUUUGGAUCUUGCCCUCGACGCUUAUUCUCGUUGUAUGCGCACUCGAGGUCGUCGAGUGGGCCAAGUAA